CCGUGUUGUAGAACCAUUUUAUAGCUAUCCUUUAGAAUCUUGUCUCAUAAAUAUAGCAUACAUAAAAGAAAUAACAGAAGGUUUAGUUACAUUUAACAUCAAUGAAAUAUCGUGUAAAAUUGUUCUUCUGCCUUAUGGCGACAGCUUUGUAGCGUUUCCUUUGAUCCAUUCUAAAUAGGAAAGAUGUAUGCGGUGGUUGAAUUUACCAAAACUAAUGAAGUUGAGGUCGUACCAGCUUUGUGGAUUUUAAAAGGCAAUAAAGAGUGUGUAUGGCCACCUAACAAAACACCAAGUGGAGUUAAAAAGGCUGUAGAAAAAAAAGAAAUCCCAGACCCCAGUUGGGAAAAACAUAAUAUUCGUAUUUUAAAGGAAACGGAAACCUAUGACAAGGCCAGGAAAAAGUUAUCCAAGGCGACGAUAUCCUCUGAUCUCAACAGAUGACGAGGCAUCACUGAUGAAGCGAAGUUCGCGUCCGCCAUCUCGACUGGUUACAUCGAGCGAUGAGGAUGAAGAGGAGGAUCAUCCUGCAUUUGUACAUUCGGCACCAAAAAAGAAAAAAGCAACUGAAAUGCCAGAUCUUCCCCCACCACCGACAGUACCGUCUGCGUUACGCACACCUGUCAGACCUUCUACAAGUUUUGCUCGGUCAGCAGAACCAAAAGAGCCAGCUGGUGCCAAUGACAAAGCAAUUCUAACCCUACUUCAUGAGCUUAAAGCGCACGUGAAGCAAAACACUGUGCUACUACAGGCCCUAAAAAGCCGACAAGACCAAGUCCAGGUUGACGAUGUCAUUAAUGUUGAAGAGGAAUAUGGUUUCCCUCUAUCCACGGACGAAGCUUUCCUUAAGGCCGAAGAUAUCCUUCGAGAGAAAAAGGAUAAAGCGGUGGUUACAUACCUCGCUAGUUUUGGAGGACAUACCAGCGACAACAAAAUAAAGAGAAUCAUGGAGGCUACCUUGACCAAUGGGUUAGCGAUUUCAUUUAACUGGGCUGGUAGGGGACAGAAACGGGCAUUUUCAAGGACCAGCCUAGCAAAAUCGGUCUUAGGUGCAGCCAAAAAAGUGGGGCUACCCUACGCAGAAGCCGAGCAGAAAAUAAAAAAUUGGUUGAAAUACAGCAAUCAUCGGCUAAAUGGGCGGAAAACAUUGACCAAGGACACAACACAAGAGGAAAUCUACGACAGUGUGACGAGCAGUGAAGACGAGUCUGUGUGAAACGAGGAAAAUACUGGAUAUCAAAUAAUAAAUAAAGUGUUGUCACUAAAAUAUAUAGCAUGUCAUGUUUUGUAUAAAAGGUUACAUUGGUGUACACUGGAAAACGUAGCACAGCGUGAAAAAAGACGUGAAGUGAAAUACAACGUGGCGAUCCAUUCAUUUCACCAGAAUUGAAGAAAGAUUUCAUUUCGUGACGAUUUUUUUCUGUAUGAAGUCUAAUUUCAACUAAAUGACGUUUAUGCAAUGUUGCCGAAACGUCGAAUAAAUGUCAGAUAAACGUUGCAGAAAAGUUACAUUAACGUUUCAUAGAAAUUACAAAACGUUGCCUAAACGUUUUACUACGUUACGAAAUAAUAAGAGAAACGUCUAUUUUAACGUUUAUGCAACGUUGCAGACACGUCAAAUAUAUGGUAGAUAAACGUUGCGGAAAUGUUAUAUUAACGUUACAUAAAUGUUGCAGAAAUGUUAUAUUAACGUUACAUAAAUGUUGCAGAAACGUUAUAUUAACGUUGCAUUAAUGUUGUAGAAACGUAAUUGAAGAAUAAUAACGUUACUUAAUCGUUUGAGAAACGUCAACUGCACAUUCAAUCACGUUUGUGCAACGUUCCAAUCACGGAAAAAAUACGUGUAUAUAACGUGAGAAAAACGUUUAAGUAACGUGUUUGUGUAACGUUAGGAUGACGUCUUUCCAAUGGACAAACUUACGUGAAUCAAACGUUUGUAUGAAACGUUUGUGCAACGAUUCGUGGUACGUUUAAGAAACGUUUUUUCAACGUAUGUCUGCCAGCUGG